AUGGAUAUCGGACCAGAACACUGUUUUCUAGCUCUAGAGGAGAUAAGAUUGUUCCACCUUCCCACAAGAUCAGUGUGUUUGCUUGCCUGUUUUUGGGUUAUAUGUGUGGGUGUCUGUGUGUGUGUUUUGAGGGGAGUGGUCACUCAUAACAGAUGUGCUGCAGCAUCCAGGCUCAUGAGUGUGGGAAUUGUGGGGAGAAGUGGCUUCUCAUGUCUUCUUUCUGCCUCAGCUCUAACUUCUCAAUUCCCUGCCUUUCUUCAUGAAGGGAACAUGGAGGAAGAAAGAACAGCUGCUGAAUUACAGAAAAAUAUGACACAGGACUCAGUGGUCUUUGAGGAUGUGGCUGUGGACUUUACCCAGGAGGAGUGGGCUUUGCUGGAUCUUGCUCAGAGGAACCUCUACAGAGAUGUGAUGCUGGAAAACUUCCAGAACCUGGCCUCACUAGGGUAUCCACUACACACACCCUGCUUGAUUUCCCAGUGGAAACAAGAGGAGGACCUGGAGACAGCGAAGAGGGGGGGGGUACUCCAGGGGGAGUACCACGAAGGUUUUGAGACCCAACAUAAAACUAAUGAAUCAGUCACUCCACAAGAUAUUUGUGGAGAAAAAACAUCCAGUGAACAGAAAACAAUAAGAUUCAAAAGGAAUGAUUCCUGGUCGUCCAUUUUACACAAUAAGUGGGAAUACCAUGGUAUUGAUUAUCAGAACAAAAAUCAUGAGAGACAUUUGAGAAGUCAUGUGGUGGAGAACAUCUAUGAAUGUAAUGAAGAGAAUCAGUCUGGACAAAAAACCUUCAGCCAAAUUCCAAAUCUUAAUAUACCCAAGAGAACUACUGAAGUAAAAUCCUAUGAAUGCCGUGAAUGUAAAAAGGCCUUCACAGAUCAUUCAUCCCUUAAGAAUCACAUCAAGUCUCACACUGGAAGCAAACCCUAUCAGUGUAAGGAAUGUGGGAAAGCUUUCCAUUUUCUCGCUUGUUUUAAGAAACAUGUGAAAACUCCCGCUGAAGAGAAACCCUAUGAAUGUAAAGAAUGUACCAAAGCCUUCAAUUGUUCUUCAUUCUUUAGGGCACAUAUGAAGAUUCACACCGGAAGGACAAACUAUGAAUGUAAAGAAUGUGGGAAAACCUUUAGCUGUUCUUCAUCCCUCACAGAACACAAAAGAAUUCAUAGUGGAGAUAAGCCUUAUGAAUGUAAGGAAUGUGGGAAGGCCUUUAGUUGUUCCUCCUCACUCUCCAAACACAAGAGAAUUCAUAGUGGAGAUAAGCCAUAUGAAUGUAAGGAAUGUGGGAAGGCCUUUAGUUCUUCCUCUCAUCUUAUAAUACAUAUAAGAAUUCAUACUGGAGAGAAGCCUUAUGAAUGUAAAGAGUGUGGGAAGGCCUUCAGUGAGUCCUCAAAACUCACUGUACAUGUCCGAACACAUACAGGAGAGAAACCCUAUAAAUGUAAGGAAUGUGGGAAAGCCUACAAUUGUCCCUCCUCCUUAAGUAUCCAUAUGAGAAAACACACUGGAGAGAAACCCUACGAAUGUCUGGAAUGUGGAAAAGCCUUCUAUCUUCCUACUUCCCUUAAUACGCAUGUGAAAAAUCAAAGUAGAGAGAGACCCUAUGAAUGUAAGGAAUGUGGAAAAGCCUUUAGUUGUCCCUCGUCCUUUAGAGCACACGUGAGAGAUCACACUGGAAAGAUACAAUAUGAAUGUAAGGAAUGUGGGAAGGCCUUUAGUCGUUCCUCAUCCCUCACUGAACACUUAAGAACUCACAGUGGAGAGAAGCCUUAUGAAUGUAAAGAAUGUGGGAAAGCCUUUAUUAGUUCCUCCCACCUUACAGUACAUAUAAGAACUCACACUGGAGAGAAACCUUAUGAAUGUAAGAAAUGUGGAAAAGCCUUUAUUUAUCCCUCAGCCCUUAGGAUCCACAUGAGAACGCACACUGGGGAGAAACCCUAUGAAUGUAAGGAAUGUGGGAAAGCCUUUCGCCAUUCUUCAUACCUUACUGUACAUGCAAGAAUGCACACCGGAGAGAAACCCUUUGAAUGUCUGGAAUGUGGGAAAGCCUUCAGUUGUCCCUCAUCUUUUCGAAGACAUGUCAGAAGCCACACUGGAGAGAAACCAUAUGAAUGUAAGGAAUGUGGAAAGGCCUUUGUUUGUCCUGCCUACUUUCGAAGACAUGUGAAAACUCACUCUAGAGAAAACACAUAAGGAAUAUGGGAAUGUCUGCAAGACUUUUUCAAAUCUUAGGCAAUAUGUGAGAUCUCACACUGUGGAGACACCCUACACCCUAUGAAUGUAAGAGAGUGGGAAAUUGUCGCUCAUGUUUUUGAAGACUUUUGAGAACUCACAACUGAGAGAAACCCUGUGUAUGUAAACCAUGUGGUAAUGCCUUCAUGAACAUCACUUAUUGUGUGUAAGAAAAUUCAUACUAGAAGCAAAGACCAGUGCCUCAUCCUUAGAUUGCUGGCUCAUUGAUUUUCAGUUUUUAUUUUCUGAUAUGAAUAUUUAAGGUGAUAAAUUUCCCUCUAAUACCUUUUCAGCCCCAGCCACAUAUAUUUUAUUAUAGAGUGCCUUUAUUUUGGUUCACAUGUAAAUGUUAUUUCCAUUACAAAGUCUUUUGGGCUCAUGGGGGAUUUGAAGUGUAUUUUUUCAUAUGCAGGCAGGAGUGGUCCUUUUUAAA